UCUUACUUCCUUUAUGUGCUGUGUAAGAUAAAAUUUUCUUUGAGGUAGCUAGGUUCUUACAGCAGCAGAAGGAAAGAGGCUUAAAAUGCAUUACGAACUAAUUAUUUUAUGGUGACAUAAGUGUUUGUGGGUUACAAUCAAAUGCUACUCCAAAAAUGAGACUCUUGUGUGACGGGAAAAAAGUACUCUAGAGCAGAGCUCCCCGACCUUUCCAGAUUGGUGGCCCGGAAGGAAAGGGAGGAGCAGGGAAAUAUCCACAUGCACAUGAUGGCAGUGCAUGCACACGUGGCAGUGCACUGGUGCAUAUUUGCAUGCACGAACAGGCCUCUGGUGCCCACGUAAAUGGACUACUGGCACCCGCACACAUGAGAACAUGGGCCACUAGUGCCCAUGUGAUGCUGGUGGCGAUGCUAGCGCCCCUGUGCAUACACAAAUAGGGCUGCUAGUGCCCGUGUGGUAGCGCUACCAUGAGUGGGAGAGCUCGCCAGCUGUUCCCGUGGCCUGGUGGCCAAUAGGCCACAGCCCAGUACUGGGCCGCUGAGUAUAGAUUGGGGACCUCUGCUGUAGAAUUUCACUUGGAAUAAAUAAGAGCCUUUCACUGUUCCUCUUGCUUGUGGCAGGAGUGUGACUUUUUUUUAUUUGUAAAGUGAAUCCUAAAUCAUCAUUUUCAUAUGACCUACUUUACAACUGAGACCUAGAUGAAAUCUGUAUUAUAAAUUGGUUAAGAGAGUGUUCAAACAUUUCUACGAAGAAAAAAUGGAAUGUAGAUUGUGCUUCUCUUUUGAACAUGCAGUCAAUGCUGUCUUUUUGAAAAUAUCUAAAGCCUGCUGUUGUGAAUUCAAAUGCCACUGUGAAAAGUUAGAUAUGUCCAUAAAUUCUUUAAAGAACUGCAUGGGUUCUGUAUAAAGAACUGAAGAAUAAAAGGACAUAUAUGUAGAACUUUUUUUUGAGAACCAGGAUUUGCCGUGGCCAAUGCGAAUAGAUUUUUAGGGCCUGUAACUAAUGCAAAUUGAAGAAUGAUAAAUCUGUGGUCUGAAAUACAGUGGAAAACUUUUAUGGCUUUUGGUGCAAGCCAGGGAGAGGCUACAGAAGGGAGAGGCUACAGAAGGAUAGUGAGGAUUCAAUAGGAAGAAUAGCAUGGCCUCUCUUUUCCCCAUCCACAGCUAUAUGUGGCUUUAGGAGACCAACAAAGUACAGUAUAUGCUUUUAAGAUAUGAAACUGAGUGGCUGUAAUUGGUUGUUUAUAUCAAUAUACAUGUCUGAAAAAGAAACUGAUGGGAAAAUUGGAGAAAAUUCAUUUUUUAGGUCCUGUUUUAAAGGAUUAUCUCAACAGGCUUGAUGUAACUGAGUAAAUGAACUUGGGUGGAUAAAAAUCCUUCUAUCUGCAAAUAAGAAUAAAUCUUGGAAAAUUAUAUGUAUGAGAAUUAUAAAGCCUGCUGAGGCAAUAUUCAGUUUAAUGUAACUAGAGCUGAUUCUGUUCUAGGAGCUGACGAAAGAUGGAUUGGUAAUUGGUCUUAUUUUGCGUUGGUUGAGUUAUCGCUUAGUAGAUGAGAGUGCUUCAGGUUUAGUGUAGGGUGACUACAUAAUGUUGUUUCUAGGGAAACUGGUGGUGAGAACAUCUAAAAAGGUAAAGAAAUCUGUUCUGAAGAAAAACACUUAAAAUGAUUCUUGGAUUGCAUUGAGUUGAUCUGUGAGUUGUUUCUUUUUUCUUUUUGUAUAUUGUUACACCAUUGUACCUUAUUUAUUUUGUUCUGCUUCCCAGCAUGACUAUGCUUGUCAACAUUGCUUAUAUUAAACCUGGAUAUUCAGUUUAUAUUAAUUUAUCUGUACCAUAAGGAUGGAAAUAGUGCUUCAUUUGAACGUUUCUAUUUAACUUAAUGUAGCUAUAUGAGGUCACUUUGCGUAGUGUUGGGGAUAAGUAAAUGGAUUCAUAACAUAGAAUUAUAAAAGUAUUUACAUAUCACCAGUGAAUUCCAUUUGUGAAAGAAGAGUACCUCAAAAUGAAGUAGUGGCUUGUUAUUUUGAUACCAUUAUAGUAUUAUUAAUCAUGGGUUCAUCAGAGAUACAGUCCCAUUUUAUACAGUAUAUAUAAAGCAUGAGAUAUUUAGAUGUUGUUGUAUUUAAUGUGCAAUAUGUUAUUGCAAGGCAAUAAAUAGGAUUUCCCUCCCUCCCAUGCACUUUUUGUUUUUGUUUUUGGUAUAGAACAGGUUUCUCCAACUUGGAGCCUUCCAAAUGUUUUAGGUUGCAACUCCCAUCAUCCCUAGCAAUAGGGUGGAGUUCAAGUUAGGAAAAACUGAAAUAGAUAAUAAUCAAACUGAAGCUCCUGUAAUAUUUAUUAUCUUAUAUGAACAAGGCAUGAUAGAAUAGAUAUGCUAAUUAUGGAUCUCUGUAGCUGUUUUAAUUUCAAUUACAUUGUGGCAUUUCCCUUCUGUCCAAUAGCUGUUCAGAUAGUUUUGAUUUCUUAAAACAAAAAUUUCUUGUUUUUAUAAAUGUUUUUCAAUAUAAAAUUCUGUAGCUAUCGGGAUGCUGCUUACAAUUACCAUUAUGUUUUAUCAUGCAUUUUUUAUAAGAUAAUAUUCUAUGUCUUGGCUGCAUUUUGAAUAUACUUGCUAAAAUAAUAGUGACUGAUGACACGACAGGCCCUAUCAUCUUCAGACAUCUUUUCCUCUACAUAUUUUGUGACAAUAUUUAAAUGACAAGGUAAGAAGGUCAAUAAUGACUAUUUUAGCUGGACUUACUCACAGAGCUAUAUAUAUAUAUACAUUGUUCCAUAUAGCUCCUGGCAUAAAUGAGAAUGAUGCUUUAUCAUAUAGCUGUUCCUAAAAUAGGAUGUAUUAGUACAACCUUCUCCAAUUUAGUAUCUUCCAGAUGUUUUAAAACUUUCAUAAUCUCCUGAUGAACAUGUUGCCUGCUGUGUUGUAUGAAGAUGAUAAAAGUUGGAGUCCAACACAUCUGAUUAGUUCUGAUUGAGGAAAUCAGCAUUUUUUUCAAUCUGUAGGACAAGGGUCCCCAGCCAUCGGUCCGUGGAUCAAUACCGGGCCACAGCAUGCCAACCGGGCCGCACAAACAAGCAAAGCCCCAUCCACAAGAUGCAGGCAGCACAUAAAACCACACACCUGCCGGUCCACGGAAAAACCUCUCUCCACGGAGCCGGUCCCUGGUACCCAAAAGGUUGGGGACCUCUGCUGUAGGAUACCAAUAAAAAUCAAUAGAUAACGAGAAGAAAAAGUCAACAGACCAGUUUUUUUUUUAAAGCUUAGCCUUAACCUCUGCAUUCACAUCUUGAAUUAUUGGUGGGAACCUGGUAUAAGAAAGAAAAAUUGGCAUUCAUGUACAACAUGUAUCCACAUUGCUUUGGGCAGAAUCCAGUAAAUGAAUGACUCUUAUUAUCUAGUUAGAGUAUAUUAUUAACUAAAUGUUUUGUGCACAUUUUUUAUAUAGGCGGCAAAUGAAUGGGAACAAUUUCAAACAGGUUCGGGCUUCCAAAUUCAUUGGCAUUGUUCUCCAUGCCACUGGCUCACGGAAGCCCCAAUUUUAAUCACUGGAAAAAGAAGGUCAAAAAAAGAGUAUGUAUUGCGCAGAAUUAGACAAGAUAACAAAAAACCUAAAAAAACAGGCAGAAACAGAAUUUUAUCGAAUCUGGAAUAAAUUCUAUAAAUGGAGGGAAAAAAGAAUGGGGUCAAUAGAAGAGAUGUAUGUAGAGGUAGAUACUAGGAAUGUACAGCUGUAUAUAGAUAUAUCAUAUAUAUUUAAAUGUAUAAUAUGGACGGACAAGACGGAGAUGUAUGUCAAAGACGAUUUACCAUGUUCAAAUGUUUUUAUUGUUUUCUUUUUCUUUUGUAUUCAAUAAAAACUUUAAUUAAAAAAAAGAGUAGCCCCCAUCCUAAGUUUUUUUAAAGAUAUAAGGUAAUCAUAUCUGGUAAAGUAAAAGUAUUUGAGGCUAGAAUAAUAGUACAGCUGUCUUAUGGCUUCUAAAUAUGUGCAUAUAAGAAUUUAGAAUCAUGAGAACCUGGAGAAGUCAAGCUUCUCAAGGAACUUGUUUUGGUUCCUUAUUCUGUCUCUAAUUAAAGUUAGAAUGGUUCCAAUUAAAAUUAAUGCUUAGAUAGCCUAUGUUGUUUACUGGCUCAAACUAAUGCAAACUGUCUUGCGUUUUUUGACUCUUUAAAGUAAAUGCCAGACGUUUUGAUGGAAAUUACUUGGUGACCAUAAACCAUUCUGGCUUUCAAUGACAUUUGAUCAGACCUAAGUAUCUUCAAGCAACGUACCUCACAAAAUGAUCUCAGCGAGGUGUGAUUGUAGCUUAUCCCAGUGAAGUCGGGAAAAAGUAUUGUACCUGCUCAUUAUUUAUAUAAUAGUUUCCAUGAUUUGAUGAAGCACUAUCAAAUGUAUUCCAGACUGGGAAAUGGCAGCAUUCAUCCACCAGUUCAAUUAGAAAACUAAUUUAUCCAAAUAGAGGUAAUAAAAGAAUAGAAGUCUUAUGAAAAUGCUUGGAUCAGAACGUGGUGUGGUAGAGGAAUGGCUAUCAGAAUUCAAGGCAUUACCUGAAAUGCAGAUUUCCAAUUAUGCAGCAACACUUCAUCGGAAGAAAAUAUUAGUGCCAGCUCUUUAUAAAGUUAUUCAAGAUCCAAAUAAUGAGUUUCUGGAACCUGUCUGCCACCAACUCUUUGAACUUUAUCGUAGUUCUGAGGUUCGUCUCAAAAGGUUCACCUUACAGUUCUUGCCAGAACUCAUCUGGGUUUAUUUGCGUCUUACUGUCAGCAAAGAUAGGCAGAGCAAUGGUUGCAUCGAAGCCCUACUUCUAGGAAUUUACAACUUGGAAAUUGCUGACAAAGAUGGGAAUAAUAAAAUUUUAUCUUUUACUAUCCCUUCCUUAUCAAAACCUUCAAUUUACCAUGAGCCCUCUACAAUUGGAUCCAUGGCUUUGACUGAGGGAGCCCUGUGUCAGCAUGACCUCAUCAGAGUCGUUUAUAGUGACCUUCAUCCUCAAAGAGAAACAUUCACUGCACAAAACAGGUUUGAAGUGCUGAGCUUUCUUAUGCUGUGCUAUAAUUCUGCUAUUGUCUAUAUGCCUGCCUCUUCCUAUCAGUCGCUUUGCAAGAUGGGUUCUAGGCUCUGUGUGAGUGGAUUUCCACGACAAAAUGAAAAAUGCUGGAAGGAAGAUGGCUGCAGAGUGGUACUGGAUCCUGACUUCAUGGUUCAGUUACUCACUGGAAUCUAUUAUGCUGUCUACAAUGGACAAUGGGAACUUGGUCAGGAAACGCUGGAUGAUAUAAUAUAUCGAGCUCAGCUUGAACUCUACUCUCAGCCACUGCUGGUUGCAAAUGCAAUGAAGAAUUCAUUACCUUUUGAUGCUCCUGAUGCAUCACAAGGAGGACAGAAGGUUUUGAAAGUAGAGGUUACUCCAACAGUGCCAAGAAUUUCUCGGACAGCUAUUACAACAGCUUCAAUCCGCCGACAUCGCUGGAGAAGAGAAGAUGGCUUUGACUUCUCAAAUGAUGCUGACAUGAGCAUUCCUGGAUCUCCGAUCCUGCACGGCUCCACAGACCUAGGGAUCAAACGCAAGCAAGAGUGGGACGUACUGAUGCUCAGGACCCCUGAGCAUGGCUCACCGGAGCCCAACUUGACACCAGCCACAAAAGAGGAUACUGACGGAGUCAGUGGAAGAGAAGAGUCUGUGAACUUCAAUGAUGCUGACGAAGGGUUUUCCUCUGGGGCAUCACUUAGCAGCCAGCCACCCGGGACCAAACCUUCAUCCGCAUCUCAGAGGGCCAGUUUAAGAAAAGGAGUUGCUGGGCUUUUGGCCAAGGAUAAGGAGAUCAUCUUGCCUACCAAACCCACAGACAGCCCUCGAGAAUCUGCCCAUAAGCAGUACCUGUACCAGUCAAUUGACCUCAGUACAGAUGCAAUUGAAAUUACUCCCACAAAGAAACAUUUGAAUUUGCCUGCUGGGCAGGUGGUACCAAAAGCCAGCAGUGUAAGCCUGAUACGAACUGCAAGUGCUUCUUCCAGUAAAUCGUUUGACUAUGUGAAUGGUAGUCAGAUGGGUUCCAAUGUUGGUAUUGGCGGUGAUGGUGUUACUAACUUAGCAGCUGGCAACUCCAAUCGUUUUUCAACCAUUAGUCUACAAGAGGACCGGUUAAAUCAAGCUGGAAAUGGUAAAGAUGCCCACUCACCAGGAGCUCCUCUGACUAAGCAGUCCCGAUCCCCAAGUUUCAAUAUGCAACUAAUAUCUCAAGUUUAACUUGUUUAUACCUUCCUAUAUUUUUUCCAUCUGUCCAAUUCUUUUUUGAGCAACAUCCACAAUCUUCAUCCUAUCAUCUGAAAAAUCCUGGCUUCUAUGAUCUUGUUCGAUUCAUUUAUAUACUAUACUAUAUUUUGUACUGAAACAGCAAUAAAACCUCAUGUUUUCGCCCCCU